AUGUAUAAGAGACCGAUAAUUUCCGUGUUGAUAUUCGCUGCCUCCAUUUUGGGACUGCAAGGCCAGGACUUAGAAUCAGUGGUCCGGGAUGCGGUAACCUCGGCGUUUAGCAGGGGCAGGGAAAAUAGAAUGCCACCGGGAGAAGGUUCUCGUCGUAACUUUGCUGCUUUUCCAAUGGAUGGUGCACGUGGAAUAGUCUCACCGCCCUCUGAAAGACCAAGGGGAUCAAAUGCUGUUAACGCCUUGAACCGAUUUUCUCAGAACAAUGCUCCGGAAAUGAACCAACAGUUAGAAGACAAUGCAAGAGCGGGGGCAAGGGCCACCAUGGAUAUUGCGUCAAGACUUUCAGGGAUUCCAGGCAUUAGACAGGAAGUCCCCAGGAGUGAACUUGGACGGAUUCAGUUAGUGACGACUAAUCCAAGGACCAGAAGGACCUUCCGAGAGUCCGCAGAACCAUUUUGUUUGCAUCCUCCGAGAUGUAAUCCUGUGUAUCCCUACAGAACGGCGGACGGUUCCUGCAACAAUCUGUACAAUACUCUUCUCGGCAAAUCCUUUACUCCCCAGUCCAGGAUCCUCCCGAAUGCCUACGAUGACAGUAAGUUUUAA